CGCACUGUAUGUAAGUCCACUAUUGUAAAUUAAUCGAAUCACUGAUUAUACAGUUCAUCCAGUAAAGGGAAAUUAUGAAUUUGAAUAAUAACAACCGCAAGUAUAAUUCAACGCAGAUUCCAAGACCAAUUUCAUUUGGUAGCGCCUUGAGGCAGUACGUGUAUUGUGUUCGAGGUACGAGGUAGCAGGUGGGGUUAGUAUUCCAAAGACAAAAUUCAUUGAUCUGAUUUGGAUUUAUUUCGGAAUACGUACUGCUAUGGCCUGUACAUUGAAUCACCAGCACUCGGCAAAAUGCACCAGUAUAGAAAAAUGCCUUGCUUUAUACAGAGAUUCACUUAGUUCAAAGGACAUGGACCAUGAUGGUACUCAUUUUGACCAAAAGAUACCUCACGUAUUUGUAAUCCUUGGAGCUUCUGGAGAUCUAGCCAGGAAAAAAAUUUACCCUACUUUAUGGUGGUUAUACAGAGAUAACCUUCUACCAACAAAUACCGUUUUUUAUGGAUAUGCAAGAAGUAAAACCACAAUUGAAGAUAUUCAGAUGAAAUGUCUACAGUAUAUGAAACUUGCGGCUAGUGAGAAAGAGAAGUAUGAAGCAUUUUGGAAAGUUAACCAUUAUGUUGCUGGAUCCUAUGAUUCUAGAGUGGAUUUUGAAAAACUCAAUCAACAGUUAUACAAUCAUGAAAAACAUUCCUCUGCAAAUAGAAUUUUUUAUUUAGCCCUGCCACCAAGCGUGUUUGAAUCCUGUACAAUACAUAUAAGAAAUGCCUGCAUGGCUUUGAAGGGAUGGACUAGAAUAAUAAUCGAAAAACCAUUUGGAAAAGAUUCAGCAUCCUCAAAAAAGUUAUCUGAUCAUCUUGCUUCUUUAUUCACUGAACAACAAGUUUAUAGAAUUGAUCAUUAUCUUGGAAAAGAGAUGGUUCAAAACUUGAUGACUUUAAGAUUCGGAAAUAGGAUAUUCAAUCCGUGCUGGAAUAGGGAUAAUAUAGCUUCUGUUCAAAUAAGUUUCAAGGAACCAUUUGGUACCCAAGGAAGAGGAGGAUACUUCGAUGAGUUUGGAAUAAUUAGAGAUAUAAUGCAGAAUCAUCUUCUGCAAAUUCUCACUUUAGUUGCUAUGGAAAAACCUACAUCUUGUUUACCUGAUGAUAUAAGGAAUGAAAAAGUAAAGGUUUUGCGGAGUAUACCAGAAAUAGUGUUAAAAGAUGUGGUCUUGGGUCAAUAUAUAGGAAAUGAAGAAGGAGAGGGAGAUGCCAAACUAUCAUAUUUGGAUGAUCCCACUGUUCCACCAGGCUCAAAUACACCAACUUAUGCAAUGGCUGUAUUGAAGAUAAAUAAUGAACGUUGGGAUGGUGUACCAUUCAUUCUUAAAUGUGGCAAAGCAUUGAAUGAACGCAAAGCUGAAGUCAGAAUACAAUUCAGGGAUGUACCUGGAGAUAUAUUCAGUGGAAAACCUAAAAGGAAUGAAUUGGUAAUCAGAGUACAACCUGGAGAAGCUCUUUAUGUUAAAAUGAUGGUUAAAACUCCUGGAAUGGCGUUCGAUAUGGAAGAAACCGAGUUGGAUUUAACAUAUAGCAGUAGAUACGAGAAUGUGAAACUACCUGACGCUUACGAGAGGCUGAUCCUGGAUGUAUUUUGUGGAUCUCAAAUGCAUUUUGUAAGAUCUGAUGAAUUAAGUGAAGCUUGGAGAAUCUUUACUCCUCUUCUUCAUGAAAUUCAGCAGGAACACGUUGUUCCAGUUCCCUACAAAUAUGGAAGUAGAGGACCAAAAGAAGCAGAUGAAUUACUAUUAAAUAAUAAUUACAAGUUCACAGGAUCUUAUAAGUGGAUCAAUAAAAAGUAAUAAGCAAGGACAAAAAAAAGAUGAUUGUACUUAAAAUUUUUCAUUCAAAGGGAAUUGUAUGUUAUUCACUAUGAAAAAGAAACAUUUAUUGCAUUACAAAUGAACUGUUUUUAUGUUGUGGAAUAUAUAUUAUUUUUUA